GAUGACAAGUCGGAGAUAUCGACAGGCAGCCGUGCAAACCUAAAGCAUGCUUUGGGUUUAACAAUCAUUUUUGGAGUAGGCUUAAAUAUACAGAGUGACAGAUUUUAGAGUUCAUGCCUUUGGAAUCCACAUGACAAGACGCGCGUAUUCCAGAACAAGAGCGUCUUUACAGCGUUCCAUAGUCAGGACGACAGUCGUCUCUUUAUCAAAGUUUUUUUUUUCUGCGCACAAUUUAAUGGCCUAUACUACGCGAGUGACAUUUGUUAGAGACAUGCUUGAAAGAACGAGCAAGUAUUUCAGUUGAAAAAGCUUACAUCUACAAAAAUAGAACGACAGCUUCCCAAGUCAGAGCAAAUAAAUAUGGAUACUUGCUUAAGACGUCUGAAGCAGGAACUGACCGUUGUGCAUGUGUCUGGGCGCCAUGAACGGGAAGAAAUGGUGUCUAUGAAGGAGGCAGGAGAUGGCCUCCAUGCACAGAUGAACUCCAUGAUGGGGGCUCUUCAGGAACUCAAGCUUCUACAGGUGCAGACAGCGCUAGAGCAGCUAGACAUCUCAGGGAGGUCUGUCCAAAGGGCGGCCCCACCAGCAGAGGACACAUGCCCUGGCCCUAUCCCCAGCUCCAAUGCUACCAUUGGCUUUGGCCACGAUGAGACCCUGAGGCCCCCCCUGGUCAGGACAUCCAGCCGGGGGGGACACCAGAGCAGCCUGGGCACCUCACCCUCUUCCUCCAGCCUGGAGACAGUAGACACUGAGACUGAGAACCAGCCUCUCCCUCUCCCCCGCAGAGUGUCUGGAUACACCACCCCACAGGUGGAGUACUGUGGCCCACGUCUUAGCCAAGUGUUUCCAGAGCAUCAUCAGCCGGCUCACUCAGGCCAGGUAUUGGAUCUCCCUGGCAUUCUCUACAGCCUGUCCAGGGAAGGCCCCUCGCUGGACAGCGACUACUCCCAGGACAGCAUGGACGACUCCAGAGACUGGACCUCCUCGCUCAUGAGCCGCAGCCGCAACCGGCAGCCGCUGGUGCUGGGGGACAACGUUUUCGCCGACCUGGUGGGCAACUGGCUGGACCUGCCUGAGCUGGAGAAGGAGGAGAUGAUUGGCUGGACCGACAGGCCCGACUCCCCGGCCCACCCUCUCUGUCUCAGCCGCUCCCAGGAGAUCUGCAGGAAGGUCUCUCUGACCACCAAUAUCUUCAAGAAGUUCCUGCGCAGUGUGAGGCCCGACAGGGACAAGCUACUUAAGGAGAGGCCAGGCUGGAUGGUCCCUGAGAGUCAGGAGGCCGAGCUCUUUAAGAGGCCCAAGAAAGUGUCUAAGCAGCAGACCAAGGGGAGCUUCUACCUCCCGUUCUGGGCAGGUGUAGGGCAGCAGGGUAAGGGACGGCCAUGUCCCCAGUUGGCUGAGGAGAGACAUCCCACGAGCCAGGGCCAGUUCUCUGGGCUUUACAUAGACAGGAGACAAGGGGCCAGAAUGGAAAAAAUGCUGCCCUUGUUUGACUAUAACACGGCUGUGUGGGUGUGAUGCUGACGCUGCUCUAGGAUGCUGCGGUGGUGGCAGGUGUUGGGGAUUUUGCUGGGAGCUCUUGGGUGGAAACAAGGAGGUUUGUGUGUCUGUCUGUCUCCUUCUCCAAGAGAAAAGGCAGACUGAGGGAUGAAUAUCCAGACUAUUUCCCAAUAGAGAGAUUAUCAGGGAAACUGUUUGUCUGACAAUCCUAAGACCUUUUUGUCUGUGACUGUGAGAGCAACCAGGACUUUCUCUAAUAGAUGGGUUCACCAAAGUUAAUAAGAUUCUAAUGAGUGCAUAAGUUCCCUGGACUAUACAAUAUACGGUACUUCAAUAUGGACAUAAUAAUGCUCUGAAUUUGUUACGGCAUCAUCAUGGUUUCAAACCUCAACCCUGUUUCAUAUGUUUGAAUUCUACUGUAUACCCAAGUGUAUCCCCACCCUCAUCUCGUACUUCUGUCAGUUGUGACACAUCCUGCAUGGGCACUACUAAAUGUUUCAUCUAUGACAUUGUGAAACAGUCACUGAACUGCCACUGAACACAACCACAGGUGCUUCUCUGCCUCGCUGCCCAGAGUCAGACGGCUGGAUGAAUACACAAAGAGUGUAAUAUUGUUCCAUCAGCCUAACUCAGGGAUCGGGAUGUGGCCUGUGUGACCGACUGGGUUCAAACCUGGAUCUCCUGUACACCACAAGACUGUUAGCCCGCUGAGGUAAAGCCUAGGUAUUAGCUUGGGAAGCUAACACAGGUCUUCAGGUCUCAGUCAAGGUUACUCAUCACUUGGUUCCGAACCACCUCUGUUACAUCUUCACCAUCCACCUACACACACACAGGAUAGGGUUAAAGGCCCAGUGCAGUCAAAAAAGAGAUUUACCUGUGUUUUAUAUAUAUUUCCACACUAUGAGGUUGUGAAAAUGAUUGUAAUGCCCUUUUAGUGUAAGAGCUGUUUGAAAAGACAUGCAGACAUGAUGGCACAUCGUGACUCUUCAGCCAAUCCUCCUGGAUAGUGUAUUAUACAUGGCAGAGAGAGAGGGAGUGAGAGCGAAAGAGCUGUGUACCAUCUGGCUGCCUACAGUUACAUAAGGACAAGCUAGCAGCACAGACAAGAGGUGCAGUCAUUCAGCGUAGGCUGUCGAGUGUUUUGAAACCAACCCUAAGCUGUGAUGCUGAAGUUACAUGUAUAUGUCCUAUGUAUGUAAUGCCAGACAGGGCCUGGAGACAGGGCCUGGAGACAGGGCCUGGAGACAGGGCCUGGAGACAGGGCCAGGAGACAGGGCCUGGAGACGGGGCCUGGAGACGGGGCCAGGAGACAGGGCCAGGAGACAGGGCCUGGAGACAGGGCCUGGAGACAGGGCCUGGAGAGUUCACGUAGAAAGCAGAGGACUGAGGAGGAGAAUGUUUACAGUGAAUCAUUCCACAUGUACAUGCAGUACUAAAUGUCAUGAUGUCAACAAAGUCGAUUAGCCGUUGUGUAAAGUCAUUUUAAAAAGGGACUUAAAGAGAUGGAGGUUGAACCUGGUAGAUAUGUGGUUAGACCAAACACUCUUUAUGAAACUGUAUGAAGGAGGUGUUGUGAAGAGAUUUGAGAGAGCAGCAUGAACAUUAGAAUGGUUUAGCAACAUUUGCAAUCAUUUUCCAGAGCUGAGCUCCACAUAUAAUUUCCUCAGGGAAAUCACUGUAAUUACAAAAACUAUUUAUCUUCUUUAGAAAACACACGGUAUGCAAGUACAAUCCUCAGCCCUCACUAGUAAUAAGAGUGGCCUGAGAAGUCAAACAUCACCCCAUCCAUUAAUUCAACAUGACAUGAUUAUGAAUGUUCCAAUGCAGCCAUUUUUAUCUCAAUAUCAAAUCAUUUCUGGGAAAUAAUUAAGUAACUUACUGUGAUUGUUUUCGAUUAAAAUUGUCAAAAAGAAACAAAAAUACCUUCUUAGCAUGAGCAAUUUCUCAAUCAAAAAUAUAGCUAGGACUGAGUGUGGAAGGGAAAACUGUAAACUAGUUGUUAUUGGCAGAGAGGUUUGGAACACUCAUUGUUAUCUCACCAGGCAGGCCAAAACUCCAUCCCCACAAAACAGGCUGAAAUUUCAGGCGUUCUUUUCAAACAGCUCUUACACUAAUAGGGCUUUAUCAUAAUUUUCACAAUUUCACAGCAUUACUCCAACCUCAUAGCGUGGAAAUAUAUAUAAAACAUAGGCAAUCAUGUUUUUGACUGCACUGGGCCUUUAAAUAUCUCUUCAUGUACUGAAAACACAUGGGUUUCUUUCAAUAUUCAGGUCGGAUUAUAUUCAGUAAAUCACACACACAGACGGACGGUCUACAAAAACUGUUAUGCCAUAAGAGCCUCUAUGAGCCUCUCUCUGUCUUAUUCAUAUUUACAGCUAUAAUUGUCAUUUUAGCACUGUUGUUAAAACUGUGGUUCUGCUAACCUCAAAGUGUUCCUGAGUGUAAAUUUGCACUGUAAAACUUCCACUGGCUCUUUGUAAAUUAAACUUUUUUCUGAAG